CUCAAAUAGUCACGUUCUAAAGUAAUAGAUAAGACAAGUGGAAUUCCAUGUUCAUUCACAAAUAAAUCUUAUUUCAAGGUAGCAACAAUGAAGUUAGCUCUAGCAGUGUGUUGUGUGUGUAUUGUGUCUGUCUGUAAUGGACAAAAUUGGGGUGAUAUCUUGUCUAGCUGGGGAUGUCGUUCUAUACAGAAACAAGACUGUUUUACCUAUGGCGACCAUCCUGAAUGUGGAACAAACGGAGUAACUUAUAGAAAUCGAUGUGACUACUCUAAAGCGCACUGUAAUGACAAAAGCAUCCAUGUUGCCUCAAUUGGCGCAUGCUCAUCCACAACUGUUUCCCCUACCGGAAGUUCUGGUGGUGGGCAGGUUGGUUCCGGUCCAGUCAUCUCAGGCCCUGAUGCUGUAUUUGAUUUCUUUUGUGUACAACUUAGUCACAUCCCGUGCGAAAACGACCUUGAAACAAUUUGUGGUUCCGACGGAUCAACCUACGUCAAUUCAUGCGAGUUUGAGAAACAACGGUGUACACACAGAGAGCUGACCAUUGCUUCAUUUGAUAAAUGUUAACCACUGUCACAGUGACAUUAUAUUUAUUGUUCAGUAUUUUACAUUAAAAUAUCUAGUUUCAAAGAA